CGGUAUUGGGAUUAAGGCCGAACUAAGUGGCCGGAGAAGCGGACAACGGCCGGCCGUCCCUGUGGCCCUCAGCCGGCCCUGCAGGAGCUGCUAACUGACCUUUAGAGAAGGAAUGGCCAGGCAGCGAGUUGGCCGGCUGCCAGCGGAGGCACCGGGCUGAACUUGGGCCGGUGUGUAGGAAGAGGUUCCUGAAGAGCUCAAACCAGGAAGUGGCGCUGCGCCGUGAGGAUGGCGCUCCGGACAGCUGCCCGCCGCUGGCCGGCUUUUAUCUACGCACCUUCCAAGGUCGCCUCCAUUCCAACACAUGGAGCUGUCAGGUUCAAAGCCACCUGCCCCGUCCAAGUGAGCCAUCUCGACCACCUGGUUCUGACCGUGAAAAGUGUGCCAGACACUGUUCACUUUUAUAGCUCCGUUCUUGGCAUGGAGGUGGUCACUUUCAAGGGGAACCGCAAGGCCCUAAGCUUCGGCCAGCAGAAGUUUAACCUUCACCAGCUGGGGCAAGAGUUUGAACCCAAAGCCAAGCUCCCCACGGCGGGCUCAGCAGACCUGUGCCUCAUCACCAAAACCCCGCUGGAGGCUGUGGCCGAGCAUCUGAAGGUCUGUGGGGUGGAGAUUGAGGAGGGUCCAGUGGACAGGACCGGCGCCGUGGGGCCCAUUACCUCGCUUUACUUUCGAGAUCCUGACCAAAACCUCGUUGAAGUCUCGAACUACAGCCAGUCGAAAUCGGAGAGUUAAUCUCGAGGCAUGUUUGUGUGCACGUUAAGAUAAGGAGUCUGUCUUUCCCCUCAUUACACACUAAGUGUCUUUAACCCAAAAUGACUGUAAUUAAACGCCACUUACACCUGAUUCAGACAGGCUGCAGGGCUUCAGCUGGCUCUGUAGAUCUGACUCAUUUCUGUUUGUGAAGCCUGUUUUAACGCUGUUCAUUUAGAAAUUAAAUGAAAUGAAAGUUAACUGUGAAGACAGACCAAUCAGUUGCCAUAAAUACUUAUUUUCAGGGUUGAAUAAAAUAUUUUCUGACACU